AUGGCGAUCGUGAAAAGAGGUGUUCGUACUAAGAAUAAACAACUGCAACAGCCCUCUAAGAGCGGUAUUAAAAAGGCCGAGUUUGAUCUUCAUAAGAAGAAAGAAGUUGGGGUUUCAGACUUGACAUUACUUUCCAAAAUUGCCGACGAUGCAAUUAAUGAUAACUUAUACAAAAGAUUCAUGAAUAGUACAAUAUAUACAUAUAUUGGACAUGUUUUGAUUUCAGUUAAUCCGUUCGAAGAUUUGGGUAUUUAUACGCCAGAGAAUUUAAAUAAAUAUAAGGGUAAAAAUAGAUUAGAGGUUCCACCGCAUGUUUUCGCUAUUGCAGAAUCAAUGUACUAUAAUUUGAAGUCUUAUGGCGAGAACCAAUGUGUUAUUAUAUCUGGUGAAUCUGGUGCCGGUAAGACUGAAGCUGCCAAACAGAUCAUGCAAUACAUUGCAAAUGUCUCGGUAGACGACCAAGUGGGCGCGGGCGGAGACGGAGGUAUCUCUAAAAUCAAAGAUAUGGUGUUAGCUACUAAUCCUUUAUUGGAGUCCUUUGGUUGUGCUAAGACCUUGAGAAAUAACAAUUCAUCUAGACAUGGUAAAUAUCUUGAGAUCUAUUUUAAUCCAUCUAACUAUCAACCAGUCUCAGCACAUAUUACCAAUUAUCUUUUGGAAAAACAAAGAGUUGUCUCCCAGAUAACGAAUGAACGUAAUUUUCAUAUUUUCUACCAGUUCACCAAACAUUGUCCACCUCAAUAUCAACAGUUAUAUGGAAUUCAAGGGCCUGAAACAUAUAUUUAUACAUCCGCAGCUAAAUGUAUUAACGUUGAUGGUGUGGAUGAUUCAAAGGACCUUCAAGAUACUUUGAGAGCUAUGCAAGUGAUUGGCUUAUCUCAAGAAGAACAAGAUAAUAUUUUCAGAAUGUUGGCGCUGAUUUUGUGGAUUGGUAAUGUUUCGUUUGUAGAAGAUGAAAACGGAAAUGCUGCAAUUAGAGAUGAAAGUGUAACUGCAUUUGUGGCUUAUUUAUUAGAUGUUAAUGCUGAAACAUUGAAAACAUCACUCAUUCAGAGAGUAAUGCAAACCUCUCAUGGUAUGAGAAGAGGAUCUACUUAUCAUGUUCCAUUAAAUAUUGUUCAGGCUACAUCUGUGCGUGAUGCGUUAGCCAAGGGUAUUUAUAAUAAUCUUUUUGAUUGGAUUGUAGAAAGAGUGAAUUUAUCGUUGAAGGGAUCAGGGGCAGCACAAGAAAAAAAAUCGAUCGGUAUUUUAGAUAUUUACGGAUUUGAAAUUUUUGAGCAUAAUUCUUUUGAGCAAAUUUGUAUCAAUUAUGUGAAUGAAAAAUUGCAGCAAAUUUUUAUUCAAUUAACAUUGAAAGCAGAACAAGAUGAAUAUGUUCAGGAACAGAUUAAAUGGACACCAAUAAAUUAUUUCAAUAAUAAAGUUGUUUGUGAUUUAAUUGAAGCAUUGAGACCCCAACCAGGUUUGUUUGCUGCUUUGAAUGAUUCAGUUAAGACUGCCCAUGCAGAUUCAGAUGCUGCUGAUCAAGUUUUUGCACAAAGAUUGAGCAUGGUUGGAGCUAAUAAUGCACAUUUCGAGGAUCGUAGAGGUAAAUUCAUUAUUAAGCAUUAUGCUGGUGAUGUUACAUAUGAUGUAGCUGGAAUGACAGAUAAGAAUAAAGAUUCGAUGCUACGUGAUUUAUUGGAAGUUUUGUCUACAUCGUCAAAUAGUUUUGUUGGUCAAGUCUUGUUCCCACCUGAAUUACUUGCAGCAUUAACGGACUCAAAGAAAAGGCCGGAAACAGCAUCAGAUAAGAUAAAGAAGAGUGCUAACUUGUUAGUUGACACAUUAUCUCAAUGCCAACCAUCUUAUAUUAGAACAAUUAAGCCAAAUCAAACCAAGAGACCUAAAGAAUAUGAAAAUAAUCAAGUAUUACAUCAAAUCAAAUACUUGGGGUUGAAAGAAAAUGUUAGAAUUAGAAGAGCAGGUUUUGCUUAUCGUACAACUUUCGACAAAUUUGUUCAAAGGUUUUAUUUGUUAUCUCCUAAAACAGGGUACGCAGGAGAUUAUAUUUGGAAUGGUGAUGAUGUGACUGCUGUUCAUGAAAUCUUGAGAUCUUGUCAUAUACCUGAUUCGGAAUAUCAAAUGGGUACCACAAAGGUAUUCAUUAAAACUCCCGAAACAUUAUUUGCUUUGGAAGACAUGAGAGACAAGUAUUGGCAUAAUAUGGCUGCUAGAAUCCAAAGAGCUUGGAGGCGCUACAUCAAAAGAAAAGAUGAUGCGGCAAGAUUAAUCCAAAGUGCCUGGAAGAAUAAGACUCAUGGUAAUCAGUUUGAACAAUUAAGAGAUUAUGGAAAUGGGUUAUUGCAAGGUAGGAAAGAACGUCGUAGAAUGUCUAUGUUAGGGUCCCGUGCAUUCAUGGGUGAUUACUUGGGCUGUAAUGAUAGUUCUGGCUUCGGUAGAUUUAUUAUGAAUCAAGCAGGUGUCUCCGAAAGAGUCAUUUUUUCUGCUAAAGGUGAUAUCUUAUUAUCGAAAUUUGGAAGAUCAUCUAAGAGACUACCAAGAAUCUUCAUAUUGACUAAAAAUAGUUUAUAUGUUAUUGCCCAAACUCUAGUUCAGAACAGAUUACAAGUACAAAAGGAAUUUACGAUCCCAGUGAGUGGAAUAAAUUAUGUUGGAUUAUCUAUUUAUCAGGAUAAUUGGGUUGCUGUUUCUAUGCACUCACCUACUCCAACAACACCUGAUACCCUUAUCAACUUAGAUUUCAAGACUGAGCUUAUUACUCACUUGAAAAAGUGCAACCCUGGUUUGAAUAUAAAGAUUGGACAAACUAUUGAAUAUCAAAAGAAACCAGGUAAGUUCCAUACCGUUAAGUUUGUUGUAGGAAAUGCAGCUCCAGCUAUGGGGGAUACCUACAAGUCGGGAACUGUAACAGUUAGGCAAGGUUUACCUGGGAACAGUCAAAAUCCAAAAAGACCUAGAGGUGUCUCAGGUAAAGUAGAUUAUAGCAAAUAUUAUAACAGAGGGACGAACUCGAGAUCUACUUCGUCAUAUCAACAAGCACCAGCAACUAAGCUUGUGCAAAGCAACAGACCAUCGUACAUUCAGCCCCCAAUUCAACAAACACAACAACACGCAGCUCCUCCAGCUCAGCAAACACAACAACAUGUUAGUCCUCCAGUACAAAAUCAAUCUGAGCCGCAAACCCGGGGAUAUGCUCCACCAGAUACUCAAACACACGCUCAUCCGGGACAAGCUGCUCAAGCUGCUCAAGCAGCCUUUCACCAUGCAGCACCACAGAAACAAAGCACAACACAAAGAAAGGUGCCACCUCCGGCUCCAAGUUCAUUUGGCCAACAACCGUCGGCACAGAAGCCUGUUGCACCUUCAAGACCGACUAAGAAGACUGCUCCUGCUCCUCCACAGAAGAAAAGUGUCCCACCACCUCCACCACCUGUUGCGUCACAGCCUCCAAAACCAAAGUUCCCAACUUUCAAGGCAGCAUACGACUUCCAAGGUACUGGGAGUGCUUCCGAGUUACCAAUUUCAAAAGAUACCAUUGUCUAUAUUACUCGUAAAGAGGAUAACGGCUGGUGGUUAGCGAAGGCUUUAGAUGAAUCUAAAGAAGGUUGGGUGCCUGCGGCAUAUGUUGUAGAAUGUGAUCCUCCUGUAAACCCAUCAGCAGGAAAUGCUAAGUUGGCACCUCCUCCACCACCAGCGCAAUUAAGCGCUGCAUCUCAAGCACAACAAAAUCAACAACAGACACCUGAUCUGAAUGGCGCUGGCUUGAGUAAUGGGUUGGCUGAUGCUUUAAAAGCUAAGAAAAAUGAAGAGACUAAUUUAGCUGGCUCCUUAGCAGAUGCAUUAAAAAAGAGGAAAGGUGCUACUCAUGACAGUGAUGAAGAAGACGAAGAAGACGACGAUGAUUGGUAA